GAGAACACCAACCACACAAAAAAGGGAAAAACGCCGCGACGAGCCGACGAGCUCUACUUCCCCCUUCCGGCCUUGGGCGACCGUGACGAGCGACGACGACCACGGCGACGAUGGCCGCUUCCUCCCUCUGCCACGGGCACCUGCUCCUGUUCCUCCUCGUGGCCGUCGCGUCGGCCUGCCUCGGCACCGCGGCAGCGCAUCAAGCCGGAUCUGGAGAGGGGUACACGAUCGCCGGCCGCGUCAAGAUCGAUGGUGCGAGUGCGAAGGGCUUUGGUCUUCCAGCCAAGACAUCAAACACAAAAGUGAUACUUAAUGGCGGCCAGAGGGUUACAUUUGCCAGGCCGGAUGGUUACUUUGCAUUCCACAACGUGCCAGCUGGAACUCAUCUGAUUGAGGUCUCCUCAAUUGGUUACUUCUUUUCCCCAGUUCGAGUAGAUAUCAGUGCAAGGAAUCCUGGUUAUAUUCAAGCAGCAUUGACUGAAACCAGAAGAGUUCUAAAUGAGCUUGUUCUUGAACCUCUAAAAGAAGAGCAGUACUAUGAGGUUAGGGAGCCUUUCUCUGUCAUGUCACUUUUGAAGAGUCCCAUGGGGUUGAUGGUUGGUUUUAUGGUCUUAAUGGUCUUCGUGAUGCCCAAGUUGAUGGAGAACAUAGAUCCCGAGGAGAUGAAGCAAGCUCAAGAACAAAUGAGGAACAACCCCGUAUCAUUCUCUGGCUUGCUAUCCAGAGCGCAGGGCUAGAAGUAGAGCAUGAGGAUACUGCAAAGGUCUAUAUACUCUAUAAUGUGAUUAAGAGCAGUACUAAAGUGCCUGACACGUCAUUCACUCAGAGUAAUUUCCUGGGGACAAGGCGGAAACUCUUUCCCCUGCUUUUACUGUAUUUUAAGCUGUAAUUUGUCUGUGAUGUAGAACCUUCUGAAACCUCUAGCUGAACUGGUCAUGUGGCACAUUAGCAUAUACCGCAGAUUGAGACAUUUUGUCCAAUAUGUGUAUUGUUUGUUUGAAUCAGUUGAAUCUUAGACACCUUGCUUAGUCAUCA